AUGGAAGUCAUUUUAGAGAAAAAAGACGCUGGUGAUUGGAUUUACAGAGGCGAAGGCGCUGCCAAUCUUGUUCUCGGUUACAACGGAUCCACCGCCGCUUUUAUUGGGAAAGUAAUGCGUCUACAGAAAGCUCCAGUUAAUGGGUCAAAGUCCAUGAACAGUCCCACUGCAUUAACCGUGCAUGAACGUCUUCUGUGGAAGGACACGGAGGACAUUGUAGCUACCUCUAACAAAGAACUCGCUUGUCAACUGUUUGUGAAGCACAUCAUGAGCCCUCUAUUGGGUUCCACAUACGUUGAUUCCGGGAUGCGUGUCCCUGCUUCCAAGGAAUUCUUGGAGUCGGUUGAGAAGAACAUAAUUUCUCAGCGUCCUGCUUCUCGAGUUGACGCCGCUAAAGUUGACACACAAUGUGAUUCUGUGCUUCUUAUGUCUGAUCAUUCUCUUUUUCCUCGUGGUACUCAUGAAGUUGAACCCUGUAUAUCUGUGGAGAUAAAGCCAAAAUGUGGAUUUCUGCCAUCUUCAAAGUUCAUUGAUGAAGGAAAUGCCAUUAAACGGAGCAUUACUCGUUUUCAGAUGCAUCAAGCUCUGAAGUUGCAUCAAGGAGAGGUAUCAGAAUAUAGUGAAUAUAAUCCACUUGAUAUGUUCUCUGGAUCCAAGGACAGAAUACAUAAAGCUAUCAGGGAUCUCUUCUCAACCCCACAGAAUAACUUCCGUGUGUUCUUGAAUGGUUCUCAAAUAUUUGGGGGCUUAGGUGGUGGUGCAGACAGUACCAAUUUUGUGACUCAAGGAAAAUUUGAAGAUGCACUCAAGUGUGUCAUUCAGGGAGGUGAUGGCUUGCGCACAAUGAGUUUUCUACAGCUUGUUGCUGAAACAGUUCAUAAUUCUGGAGUGUUGGAUCGGCUCCUUGAGGUCCAGAAACUUGAUAACCUUGACAUUGAUGGGGCUAUCCAUGCGUAUUAUGACAUUGUUUCAGAGCCUUGCAUGGUAUGCAGAGCAUUCGGUAAAGAAAAAAUGUCACAGAGAUAUCUUUCAUUGCAUUCCAUCUCUUUGGAUGAAAGCUUGAAGAUUGUGAAGGACUUUUUGAUAGCUGCUACUGCGAAGGACUGCAGUUUGAUGAUUAGUUUUAGACCAAGGAAAGAUGGGAAUACAGGAUCUCCAUAUAAUAAUUUGUAUCUAGAAUCAAGCAACCAAUUUUUUGAUUACAAGGUGAAUUUCAUUGACCUGGAUUUGAAACAAAUGAAGAAAAUGGAAGAAUAUUAUGAGUUGGACAAAAAAAUAGUAACCUACUACAAUCAAAUGGUGGAAACUGAGGAAAGACAAAAGAAAAAUACAAGCACAAUGGCUCUUAAAACUGCAAAUUGA